AUGUCAAAGACUUUUUCUACUUCAUCCCGUUCCACCAAUCCAAACUCUAGAUCAGCUUCUAUGGCUUCAUCUUCAGGUCGUUCUUAUAAUAAUGUCAAUUAUGAAGCUGCUGCUCGUACUUAUUAUUGUGAACUUCGAAAAUAUUUACUUGGUUUUUUGGCAAAAGAGGCGGCUGAAGGUGUACAUCCUCAAAGAGCAUCUGCUAGACAAAAAUUAUCAAGACUCAGUAAUUUACAAUUUCAUGAAUUAGCUAUGGAUGUUUAUGAUGAACUUGUAAGAAGAAAUUUGAACGAUAAAUUUGUUCCUUUUUUGGCUGUUCGAGAAGAAUUUCAUCCAAAACGAAAUCAGGCACGACAAAAAUUGGCUACUUUACCAGAGACUAGGUUCCAAGAUUUAGCAAGUGAUGAUACCAAUCGACCUCCUAUGCCAUCAAUACCACCUUCAUCAUCCAUGUCUUCACCUACACCCAAAAAUCCUACAGCACCACCAGCAAGUCAAUCUACCACCAUUGUACCAAUGAAAGGAACUAUCAACGUUGAACCAGUCUCAAAUAAAGAUUCUUCGGAUGAAGAAGAUGAUGAUCUUACCCAAUUUAGUGAUUCUUUGGAUAGUUUGAUGGCUGAUCUAGGAAAUAUGGUCCAUUCUAGGUCUCAAGAUAGUACGAAUGACAAUAUCCUCAGCAACAAUCAACUACAAGAUGAAUACAAUCGACUGGAUGAACAAUUCAGGACAUUAGAGCGGGAUCACAAUGAUCAACAACAAAUUGUGAAUGAUGUCAAACAAGAAACAUCCAAAUUGAUGGAGGAAUUAGGCAAAUUAUCCAAAGAAAACGACAAAUUACGAAAGGAACAAGACACUUCCGAUGCAAAAAAUAGACAAUUAACCCAAGAAGUUGAAGAUUGGCAAACCAAAUAUCAAAAACUACGUCUAGAAUUACGAAAUACAACAGGUAUUUCUGAUCAUGAAAAUGAUAUACCAAGUCAAGAUAUAAUCAAAGAACACUUUUUACAACCUACUCGAUCUGGUGCUAUUUCUUAUGAUUCCGUCAUUAGUUAUCAGGCAGCCAUAGAGGAUUUAUUGAAACGGGCGAGAUCCAAAAACCCAUCGGAUGUAUUGACGUGUAUGAAAACCAUUGUCAUGACUUGCAAAUCAAUCACAGAAGAUGUGGAAAAUUUUGAAACCAAGAAUACCAUGAUGUCUGAUAAGAAAACCAAAUUACAAACAUUGAAAGGUCCCUUCUCCACUGGAUUGGCAAAUUUGGUGACAGCAGCAAAAUCUCAUGUGAACAGUAUGGGGAUCAGUCCUGUAGGUCUUUUGGACGCAGCAGCUGGACAUUUAACUGUAGCUAUGGUAGAUUUGGUCAAAUUGGUGGGGAUGACUACUUCAGAACAACAUCGUCCUCAACAAUCUACACCUACACCUUCCAUCUCUUCAUCACUUCGUCGUCAAGAUUCCUCUAGUUCCAACAAGGUGAAUGGAAAAAUGAAUGAUUCAAUGACUCCAUCUCAAUUAGCGGAAUAUCUCAAGAAAGAAACCGAUCGUAUUGUGACUAGUAUUCAAAGCUUAUUGGCAGCAUUACGAUCUAGUCAAAAGAUGGAUGAAGUAUAUGGAAUUAUUACAUCAAUUGGGGAUGUGGUGACAUUGGUAUUGGAUAUGUCAAGAAGUACGUUUAUGACUGGAGCAGGUCUUCGUUAUCGCCAAAAAGGGGAUGUCAUCUUGACGGAUUUACAACAAUGUCGGGACAAACUCAUACAAAUUCGCAAUCGUUCUUUUACUCAACCUGAAACGGCAUCUUCUGUCGCGAAAAGGGAUUUGGCCAAGGAAUCCUAUGAAAUUGCUAAAUUCAUCAAGGAACUUAUUGGAUUGUGUGAAUCUUAG